CUACGAGUUCAAAUAUUCGGUGCACAUGGUCUAACUGGAAAAGAUCGAAAUGGAUUUUCGGAUCCUUUCUUCAUCGUAAACUUACCUGGAGCACCUCCAAAUGCACGCGAUAGACAUCAUUAUCGUCGAACGACGCCCGUUCGUUCUAAAACUUUGGACCCCGAAUGGAAAGAUGGAGAAGCAACAUUUGAUUGGGAUAUCACGCAAGAAUGGCUUGCUCCGCUUAAUGCUGAAACAUCGGAUUUCGAGGAAAAUGUUGUCGCAAUCGAUCAUGCUUCAAAAUCUGGUACACAAACACCAGCUGAACAACCUGUUGCCUCCUCUUCAAAUCUGCUGACCAUUCCAACAACGGAAACAAUCACCCCGGCCAAUGCGACUACCUCAGCCGCACCCACAAAUCAAAGGCCAUCUAAUGUACGCAAGAUUUCUGCUGCUACUGGCCGUUUAUUGAUAGCACCCGUACGUAUGUCUGCUCGAGGUGCAAUGGCAACAGGCCGUGUGGUAAAGCGUGGAGGUAAUUCUGUACGCAAGAAUGGCAGACCUCGUCCGUUACGAUUAGGAAAGAAUCAACAAAUGCAACAUGGACAUGCACCUGCCGGUAGUGCAACUCUUGGAAGAGGUGGAAAACUUGAACAACAUGCAGUAAGCGCGAUCGAGUUUGUUUGUUGGGAUAAAGAUAAAUGGAGCGGGAAUGAUUAUAUGGGCGAAUGUAGUCUUUUGAUCAACGAUUGGAUUCCUGAUGGAAAGACGGCUGAUUGGACGCAAAGUGAACCAAUCGCUCUUCCACUCGUUUCUACAAGAAGAAACGCAAAAGUUAGCGGUGAGGUCAUUGUCAAGAUCGGAUUUAUACCCGCAAGCACUCAGUCUGAUUCAGCUGAUGAACUGUAUGUUCGUUUACUCGAGGCUCAUUCUCGAACCGCUGGCUUGGGUAUUCGCUCCGUUCCUGCUGAUCAAUCGGUCGGAACGGCCGGACCUACUGAAGCAUUCGUAGAUGAUGGUCUGAGCAGCGAUAGUGAAGAGGAAGAAUUGCAGGAAGAGUUACUGUCCGAUGACGAAGACAGUCGCAGUGUGUCAUCUGAUGAAGGCGAUACAGCAACAACUGAAACGGAUGAUCCAUAUGAGACCGAUCAAAGUGCAGCACAAGUUCCGACUCAUCCAAAAGUUUUACAUCAUCAUCACCACCACCACCACCAUCGCCAUCAUCACCAACAUGGCAAGGAAAGAUCCGGCCAUACUUCCGAUCAGGCGGUACACACCGAUUCGGAGGCAGUCAGCUCAACUUCUGCCACGGGAGAAACGCAAAAGAAUCGAAGAAGAUUCUUGCCCACCUCUUUGCGUAAAUCUCGCUCUUAUCUUCAUCAAGAUCCUAUGGCUGCCGCCGGUACUGCAACGCCGGGCAGCGGUGCAACAAGCGACGUAGCUGAUGAAGGCUCUUUGGGAGAUGCAUCCCCAUCCCCACGACGCAGACGUAGAAUGCCAGGCGUUCGUCGUCGCAAGAGAGAUGCUUCACAAGCAGAUGGGACCACCACCACCACGAAGGUUGGCCGAAAAGAACGCAGAAUGAAACGAAGAGAAGAACGUCAAAGGAGACAAGAUUUCGCGUUCAAGGCAGAACAAGGUCGUGACAUUAUUGGAAUUGUUCAGCUCGAAGUAAAAGGAGCAAAAGAUUUACCUAAAUGGAAGAACAGUCUUGGAACUUCGUUUGAUAUGGAUGCUUUUGUCAUUGUGAGCUUUGGUCAAAGAAUCUUUCGAACGCGUGUUGUGCGACAUUCACUUAAUCCGACUUGGGAUGAAAAGUUGCUGUUCCAUGUCAGAAGGCAUGAAGCCAAUUAUGUGACCAAAUUGGCCAUCUAUGACUGGGAUAAGCUAUCCUCCAACGACUAUGUUGGCGAAACAGAAAUACACAUCAGCGACUUGGUGGAGAAUGCUCCCAAGCCGAAUCCCGAUACUGGUCUUUACGGAAGCGAUGAAGUGACUCAACCGGAAAUGACAAAGUUCGAACUACCGCUCAUUCGUCGUGAAGAUGGAUCGACAAAAAGUCUUGGAAAUCAUGCUCCAAUCUUAACCGUUCAAGCUCGCUUUACACCCUACGCUGCACUAAGACAGCGUUUCUGGCGUCAAUUGAUCCAUCAAUAUGAUUCAAAUGAUAGUGGAACCCUGAGUAUCUUGGAAAUCAUGUCAAUGUUGGACAGUCUGGGAAGUACACUUACACCUCAAACGAUCGAAGCAUGGUUCAGCAGAUUUGGUAAGAAUGGAGAAGAGGGUGACGAAUUGACCAUCGAUGAAGCCAUUAGCGCUCUGGAAGCGGAAAUCGUUAAGCCCAACAGCCAGAAGCGGGUUGUAGAUCAAGCAACUGCAUUCGGUGGCUUGGAUUCGAUCAAUGCUUCCUCUCUUGAUCCCAACAGUGGUGCACAUACGCCAAGUAUUGAGAGCGGUUUGCAGGGUGAUAUGCUCACUUUGACUUCUUCGAACGAUUUUGCUGGACCUCAGGCUCCCUCGGCCACGGAGAAAGAGCUAGCUGCUCAAGGUCAUACAACGACGUCUGCAACGAUGGAUGCUGCACAACCUUCUCGCGGUACAUUUGCAAGGCACGUCAUACACGAUGAAUCCAAAUUGUCGGUCUUUAGUACUGCCACUUCAUCAAGUGCCUCUUCAACACGAGGUGCAGGCCAUUCCACCGAUGCUUUAGAGAGUAGCAAAGAUACAUCGCAAUCCGAUGAAGGACAAGUGGAAAGAGUGAUCAUGUUGAAGAGUUGUCCGAUGUGCAGAAUGCCAAGACUUAGUAAGAAAGCAGAAGUUGAUAUUGUCACGCAUCUAGCCGUCUGUGCCAGUCAAGAUUGGAGAAGGGUUGAUUCAAUGAUGGUCGGAAAUUACGUCACAGCCAUGCAAGCCCAUCGUAAAUGGGUAACAAAAGUGAUCAGUAAGAUCAGUCAAGGUCAAUAUCAAUUAGGAGCUAAUAGCGCAAACAUCAUCGUUCAAGAUCGUCAAACGGGUGAAAUGUUGGAAGAGAAGAUGCAAGUGUAUGUCCGACUAGGUAUUCGUUUGCUUUACAAAGGUGCACGAUCACGUAUGGAAGGUGCAAGGAUCCGAAGAAUGUUGAAGAAUAUGAGUGUUAAACAAGGUGCAAAGUUCAAUUCUCCUGCCUCAGCGCGAGAAAUUCUACACUUUAUCGAAUUUCACUCGCUGAACACAAGUGAAGUCCGUGAACCGUUGGACAGCUUCAAAACAUUCAACGAAUUCUUCUAUCGCAAACUCAAAGAGGACGCUAGACCUGUCGAUGAUGUUGACGAUCCCAAUACUUUGGUUAGUGCUGCUGAUUGUCGUUUCAUGGCUUUCAGUACGGUUGAAGCGGCUAUGCAAAUUUGGAUCAAAGGUCGAGAAUUCACCAUCGAACGAUUACUGGGUAAUGGAUUCUUGGGAUCCAAACAAGACUUGGAUGCAUACCGCCACGGAGGAGGCCUUUCAAUCUUCCGCUUGGCACCACAAGAUUAUCAUCGAUUCCAUUGUCCAGCAGAUGCAGUCGUCGGAAAGAUUACUACGAUUGAAGGACAGUACUAUACUGUCAAUCCCAUGGCGAUCCGAAGUGCGAUUGACGUUUACGGUGAAAAUGUUCGUGUUGUGGUUCCUUUCCACAGUCAAGAAUUUGGAUUGUUCUAUUGCGUUUGCAUAGGCGCAAUGAUGGUAGGAUCAACGAUUAUGAGCGUAAAAGAAGGUGAUCAUGUCAAACGUGGUCAAGAGAUGGGAUAUUUUGCCUUUGGUGGAAGUACUCUUGUGCUCGUAUUUGAACAAGGUCGAGUUCAAUUUGAUGAAGAUCUUUUGCAAAAUUCCGAAAAGGCGAUCGAAACACUUGUUCGGGUUGGAAUGCGAAUCGGAAGAAGUACCACUAGUGCCGAACAA